AAAGCUUGAAAGCACAUCACCAAGGACACAUCACUAACAACUGGCAGCUGAUGACAAGACACAAGACAACAAAGUGUUUGACAUUUCAAAUUUAUCUAUUUACGUUUUUCGCGCACUCAUUUGAAUUUUGAAUUUCUUAAGGAAAAUUGUAAGGAUAAUAUAUUUACCGUAUUUAACAUUUAAUUUAUUGUAUUACUAAAUCAUACAUUAAAUUAUCCUGUUUACGUGAAGUGGUGUAAGCUUAAAAAAAGGAAAAUUUGCUCAUUUUUCUUAUAAAAAUACAUUUGCAAAUCGCAAUUCGUCGUGUAUUCAAUGGAGUGUAUAAAAGAUAUUCGUCGUACUAUAAGUAACUGGUGCAAGGAGGAAUGGCCCUACCCGGUUAUAAAUGACGAGAUCAAGGAGCUGCUGCAACAGUGCACAAGUGUGACAAUUGGUGAUGAUGACAAGAUAAAUACACCUGAUGGAAUUAUCAAAAAGAGCCAAGCGUUUCCUGUACCAUUUCCUAUUGAAACUGUCAGGAUGCAUGAAUUAAAGAAUCAAAUACCGCUAAACACAUUAAGAAAAAACAUCUCAUCAACCUACCCUUUGAUUCAUGAACGAGUCCUGAUACUGAUGGCAAAAUUUCUUUCAUAUAAAAGACAUUACGGCACAAGUGUUGAGAAGCAACUAUACGAGAAUAUGUCGGUCUGCGAAUUGAUUGAUCGGAUAUUAAAGAAACGCGCUGCAAGCUUCGUGGGGCCUUACGACAAAUACAAACUGCUGACUGGUGAAGAAGGGGCAUCAGGCUGGGAAGAAAUAGGUACAACCCAUGAGAAGCCACCACUUACUCUGGAGCACUGUCUGAGUUACGACGAGAUGAAGCUGUCAGCGCUGGUGUACCUGAGCGGGUACACGCACUGCAUCAACAACGGCGCGAGAAGCAACGGUGGAGUCGUGCAGGAGGAUGAUGUUGAAGACCAGGCUGUUAUCAUUGGUGUCAUCGGGCCCCGUUUCCACCGGCGCGGUAAGAUGGAGUACGAGGAUAUCCUGGUGACGGAAGAGCAGAACAUCCCCAAGAACGGGUACGGGAUCAAAGGCUGGCGCCUCGUCGACGUGUUCCGCUCCAAGGACGCCAGAGAACGGAAUCUGAUGUGGAGGAGAAUGUGGGCAGAGUUUUAUGAUAUUGAAAACAGCACCUUCGAAGACAUAUCGCGACAAACCAAAGGCGAGCAAGAUGAGCAAAAAUCAUACGAACAGAGAUUCUACACCAUACAGAAUCUCAAGUACACGUAUCCUAUAUUUGACAACCAGGCGUAUUAUAGGAGGAUCACCAUCAUAGCAGAGUCGACGUUGUUAGAAGCUGACCAUAGAGCUAGAGAAGCAGGAAAAAUGGCCUUUGUUAAUGUUAUAGGGUGUGGUCUCGGCGCGUGGUUGAUAUCGCCCCAUCAGGCGGACGUCUACGUGUUGUCGUUCUUGGAGCGCGUGUCCGCCAUGCUGAGUGCGCGCGCGUUGGACCACGUGGCUGACGUCAACUUCGCCUACAUCAAAACUGGCCAGGAUGUACAGGACAUAUUUUCGAGCAAGGAGGCUGCGAAUGACAAAUCUCCGAGCAGAAGUUGGUUUUUCAUAGAAAACAAAGAACAUCCAAACGGUGGCAUAAACGUGCAGAUGCAGAACAGGGAGCCGUCGUCGCGGCUGGGCGGCGCGCAGGCGGGGAAACUGCUCGUCAUGACCUACCCCUGGGACAGCAACGCGCACCCCGGCAACGAGUGGUGGUUUGGUAGUUUAAUGACGUCAGGGGACCCCGCGGCGGCGUGUUCCACACAAGUGGCAGAGCUACACAACGCACACAUAAACCCCGCCGUCAGCGGACACAACGUGCGCGUUAUUGGUCGACACGGACUCAAAACACUGUCCGAGUACUGUCUCGCUCACACAUAGGAUGAAAAGAGAUUAAUGUAUUCCAUUUUUGAAGUAAAACUUCUUUAGGCACGCUUAACUUGGCGAAAUUCAAAAUUCAAAACUGAUUUAUUUUAAGUAGGCUUGGUUUACAAGCACUUUUGAAACGUUGUGCGACUAGCUAGUGCAUGCGUUACGAAAAGUAACGAAGCGGUUUUUGUCAUUUUAACUACCAGUAGAUGGCGUUCUUAAAGAACUUUGAAACAAUUUCUAUUUUGUUCACUCUAUGAACCUGUUGCGAUGCAGUUAUGCGUGAGACUCAUAGAUGGCGCUUUGUUUUUAUUUUUGUAAGAAGUUUUACUAUGUGUGGUCUAUAGCACUGUCGAUUUUUUUAAUCGGACAAGUGCAUUUAAAGUAUUUUAAUUAUGUCUUAAGUAGUUUUUUAAAAUAAUAUGUAUAAGAAAAAUAUUUUUUAUAUAAACCCACUAAUUUAUAUAAACUCAGCGGACAGAACGCGCGGAUUAUUGGUCGACACGGACUCAAAAAACUCUCGUAUUACUGUCUCGCUCACACUUCAUAGGAUAAAUAGAGAUCAAUGUAUUCCAUUUUUCAGUUAAGACUGUGUAUUUUAAGUAAAAUAAUUAUGUGAGUAAAAUGUUAUGUCUCAAGUUGUGUAACUACUUAUAGUUACACAACUUGAGAAAUAAAUAAGAAAAAUAUUUUAUAUAAACUUUUUUAUAUUUUAAAUGGGAAAAUAUAUAUUUUUUAAUAAAUGAA